UACUGGUCUAAUUGUAUUGGUUUCAGCAAGCUUGUUAUACGUUUUUCAAACUGAAUUAAUUUAUCCUGCCAGAUUCCCUGAAGGCUCAAGACAUAAUGUCCCGAAACCAUCUGAGUUUGGAAUGGAAUAUACUGAAGAAAUAUUAUCUACCAAAGAUGGC